UUGACUGGAAAGCAGGGAACAUUCCACACCAGCGAGUGCCUAAAAUACCACGGGACCAAGUUCGUGGGAGGAGUAAACCCGAAGAAGGGAGGAACUAACUGGAAAUCAUUGGAUGAAAAAUACACUCUGCCAAUAUUUGCUUCAGUGGCCGAGGCGAAGAAAGAGACUGGCGCCGAUGCUUCAGUGAUUUAUGUUCCUCCACCAGGAGCUGCAGAUGCCAUAGUAGAGGCAAUAGAGGCUGAAGUACCACUGGUCAUAUGCAUAACGGAAGGCAUACCGCAGCACGACAUGGUUAAGGUUAAAACGUUGCUGAAGGACCCUUAUUGCAAAACUACUCUAAUUGGACCGAAUUGUCCAGGAAUUAUUAAGCCUGAGGAGUGUAAGAUAGGAAUCAUGCCAGGUCACAUACACAAGAAGGGUUCAAUAGGUACGAAUGAGAUUUUGCGGUUUUUAAACGCACUUAUAGGUAUAAUUAGCAGGAGCGGAACUCUGACUUAUGAAGCAGUCUCUCAGACCACGACCGUUGGACUCGGUCAGUCAGUAUGCAUAGGGAUUGGGGGCGACCCCUUUGGAGGAAUCACUUUCACUGACGGAGUUAAAAAAUUCGUAGAACACCCCGAGACUAAGGGAAUCCUGAUAAUUGGAGAGAUUGGGGGCUCUGCAGAAGAGGAUGUAGCAGACUGGUUAAAGGAUAACCCAACGGAUAAACCAGUGGUUGCAAUCAUUGCAGGAAUAUCAGCUCCACCUGGAAAAAGAAUGGGUCAUGCUGGAGCGAUCAUUAGUGGCAACAAGGGAACUGCACAUGGCAAAAUUAAGGCCUUAAAGGAUGCAGGCGUUAUUGUUCCUGAAAACCCAGCCAAAAUGGGACUGGCGAUGCUGGAGGCUUUAAAGAAAAAAUAA